CUCUGAUCUAUUUUUCUAGCCCUAAUAAUGAUGAUGGUGUUAGCACCCUAAUUGAAUUUGUUAGUGGUCCAAAUAGAUGGCCACAUUCAAGAAAAGUAGGCAAAGCAAACGCAACCACCUCCCUUUCGAGUUCGAACAACAGCCUUUAUUAAUCACCCUCUUGAGUAAUGCGUCGCCACCUAAGAUUCCCAACGUGUCACCUCCAAACAUUUCUUGGUUACACGUAAACUUCUAUAAAUAACCCUCUUCCCCGCCAACUGUUGGAUCAUCAAGCAAAAACCAGCAACUUCAUUUCAUCCCAUUGCUCUCUGGCUGUGUGUGUGUUGUUAUUAUUCGUUCCAAAAGGAGGUAUUGCUCUUCGUCCUUUCCAUUACUUGUUCGGUUAUAUGCUCUUUAAGUUUUGGUUGUUUCUUCUCUUCUAAGAACUAUGAACAAGUUCAUCCUACUCACCGUUGAUGCUUUUUCCGUUGCUUUCAUGCAUUGAACCUGUAGUUGGUUGAAAGUUUCAAUGAGUUUAUCUGGAGAUGGACGCGAGCAGGAUGGCAACCAAAGAACCCAAAUAUGAAUGUCUGCUCUUUGACCUGGAUGAUACUCUGUACCCAUUAAGCUCAGGUAUCAACUUGGCCUGCCGGAAAAACAUACAAGAUUUCAUGUUGCAUCAGCUGCAAAUUGAUGAAACUGAUGUCCCAAGAAUGUGUCUGGAACUCUAUAAAGAACAUGGGACAACAAUGGCCGGUCUCAAGGCAAGCAAUCAAACAAUAUCAAUUCUGACCCCAUUUUUCACGUUGUUCGGGAUUUCACUAUAUCAGGUUCUGGGAUAUGAAUUUGACAAUGAUGAGUUCCAUGCUUGUGUUCAUGGAACAUUGCCUUACCACAAACUGAAGCCUGAUCCUGUGUUGAGGAACCUCCUGCUUUCCAUGCCCCAGAGGAAAAUUAUCUUCACUAAUUCUGAUGAGGCACACACUGCUGAGGCUCUCAAGAGGUUGGGACUGGAAGACUGCUUUGAUGGCGUCAUUUGCUUUGAAACCCUUAACCCUUCUCCUCUUCUCGCUGCUACUGCUGAAGCUAAACCUCCCAGCUCCACUACACGAAUCCUCUGCAAGCCGUCUGUGGAAGCCAUCAAAGCUGCUAUCAGAAUUGCAGAUGUUGAUCCACAGAAAACAAUUUUCUUUGAUGACAGUACGAGAAAUAUAGCAAGUGGGAAAUUAGCUGGACUUCAUACAGUUAUUGUGGGAAGCUCAGUGCUGGUGCAAGGAGCAGAUUAUGCAUUGAGUAGUAUCCACAACAUCAGAGAAGCUAUACCUGAAAUCUGGGCAGAUGAAACACAACAGCAAGAGCAAGUCAUCCAGUCCACUUCGGUCGAGACCCUGGUCCUGGCUUAGAAUUCCCUGCUGCCAUUCUUCAAACCAAACACAGAUGCAAAUCCUGCUGCUGUUAUUUUAAGAUAGUGACUAAUAGAAUAAAAAAUGGAUGCCAAAGUCACCUUUAUAAUUAUUAUGUAACUCUCCGAAUCUUUUAAU